GGUCGUCUGGUGCAAGUAGGACAUAGCCAUCUAUCCUAACGAGGACGGAAAUGUAAGCCAUGUCUGAUGGGCAGCAAAUGCAACAGCCGAACCAGCCAGGCGAACCGUCGCAUUUGAUUGCGGCUCUAAGUUGGCGGGGUGGAGGAGGACCACAACAACAACAGCAAGUGCAACCCGGCGGUGGGCCCAUCCGAGUUCAGCUCCAACAGCAAGGCCAUGCCCCGAUAAUUCCGUACCCGCAAGGGGCAGGAGGACAGCCGGCACCACUGCAGAUGCAAACGGUGCAGCAGGUGUAUCAGCCGUCGUCAAACGGUGUGCCGCAGCAGCGCAUUGUCCAUCAAAUUGCUCAACGUCCAGUGAUGGGACAGCCGGCUCAGAUGAUGCGAGUGAGUAGUGCGCCUUGGCCAACCGUGCAGAUUGUGCAUACAGGACCACCACAACCACAGCAAAUUCAUGUUUCUUCAUUCCCUAUCAUGGGCCCACUGCUGCCACCUCCACAACCGCAACCAACUUGUGCCCAGCUUGCUCCGCUUCCUGGCGGCCAACCACCUCCACCUGGAAUGAACGUGCAGCCAAUGCUAGCUCCACCCAGCUCUAACGGCUCGAUCUUGGAUAGGACGCGCAUUGACGAAUUGGGAAGGCAAACUAGUGCGAACACAGUUUUGGAUGAUGUUGUAAAGGAUAUGCUCUGUGACUACAUCGACGAAUUUGUGAACGAGUUCGCUAGAGACGUGGAAUUCGUACUCGAUAUGGUGUACAAGAUGCCGUCAGCUCCGCGUGCUUCUGUCCAUGUAUUCGGCGCUCCGGCGCCGAUACGCCCAGACCGUAUCACUCCUCAACCCACCGAGGCGCAUAAACAACGCAUGUCACUGAUUAAGAAAGUGCGUUCAGAACGGCUUCGCUUCCAAGGUGGAUCAAUCGAAGGAGUUUGUAUCCAGAAGCGUUCUUUGUUACCACAUCCUGAGUAUGUAUGGAAGUGCAAAUGA